GAUGCGGCUGACGUUGGAGUUGCUUCAGCAGGCGCCGCAGAGCUUGAACCCGGCGAAGCACCGGCAGCUGCUGCUCCGGGGGUACAAGAUCCCUGCGGUGGAGAAUCUUGGUGGAACGGAUGACGCCUACGAGUGCUUGGACCUGUCGGACAAUGACCUCAUCAAGUUGGGCAACUUCCCGCCGCUGAAGAGGCUGCGGGUGCUGCUGCUCGCCAACAACAGGAUUAGCCGGAUCGCCCCAGACUGCUUCGAUCCGCUGCCGCAGCUGGUCAGCCUAGUGCUCACAGGCAACAAGCUUGAGAAGCUCGUUGAUCUGGAGCCGAUCACCAAGUUGGCGAACCUGGAGCGCCUCAGCCUGAUGGACAACCCCGUGACCAAGGCCAGUCCGGCGGGACUGGAUGGGACGAGUGGGGAGUGGGGAGUGGAGGAUGGGCAGGGCGGAGCUGGGAUGUGGGAUACACCGGAUGGACACCUAGUUGACACCUACUUGACCCCGGAGUUGGGACAUCGGGAUUGCCUCAAGAGCUAUGAAUACAAACACAAAGCUGCAAUUCCUUCCUGA